AUGCCAUUUGCAAUUGCAUGUGUUGUACUGCUCGCUGCCGAAGCCGCGGCUCUCGCUGAGACACAACCUCCCAUGACACGGCCCACGAGUGGACAGCUGGACCACUUCAGCUAUUCCAUGUACCUGGACGACAAGACCGAGGACUCACGUCGGCUGCACUUGCCACAUCUGCCGCAUCUUCGAGGUCCCCCUGUAAGUGUGCUACAGAAGGCUGCCAAGGCUGCGCCCCUGGUGGCUGCGGCGCUCACGGAAAUCCCUGCCGUCCGGGAACAGCUAUCACAUCGACUCGGCCGUGAUGUCCCGCCGGCCAGUGACGUUGCCAAGGAUAUCCUGCAGCUGGCAGGGACUGAGGCGCGACGCCUGGGGAACAAUCUCGAACAGAGCGUGCGUCAGACUUUGCAGACGGUGAAGAGGGAGGCACAUGGCGCCGUGGAGGAGGCGCAUGUCGUGGUGCAGGAACUCAACGAAACCGUGUCUACGGCUGAGCGCAAGGCAGAGGAGCUGAUUCACCACAAGCCAAAAGCAGCUCCGCACCGCUCCCAUUCCUGGCUGGUGGGCACACUGGGCUUCGCAGCUCUGCUUGGCGUCGCGGCGUCGCGACGCUGGGCUGCCCGACGCCGGCCUGCCAUGGCCGGCACGCGACGCAGGGUGCGGAGAUGGGGAAGGGCUCCGCCUGUCAUACCGAGCCGGGAAAGUGUGCUACAGAGGACUCCUUCCCAAUCGUCGCUGACUCCCGUGAAGGUACACAAGGUAGAGUUUCAGCGAGUGGGAGUCAAUGAUGGUGCUGAGUGGGAUUCCCCCGAUGAAAAUGACGCCGAUGAGUCACCGCAGGACUACAGGAGACAGCCCAGCUUUGGCAAAACUACCCCCAGAACAGAAUACUACCAGAUCGGUGGCCAGCAGGACGUGGCUGAAGGUUGUGCGUGCUUCCGGUUUGAUAUUACUUGUCACUGGCUAUGGAACAGGACUCCCCCAGUCCGUCCCCGCGAGGGGAAAACCGUGCCUUGGGUGCUUGAGAAUUUUGAUGCUGUGCAGCAUCCGAAGCUCUGA